AUGGCUCUUCAAGCAUCGGCGAACUACAGUCCAAUCCCAGCGGGAGACGGCGAGGAGGGGGCGGGCCCCCAACAAAGUCACCUCCAAGAAGAUGCGCAUUACGAAGAUCACGACGACGUUCAUGAUAAUGUUCAGAGCCAGCCACCACAUGAUCCAGAAACACCACACGUGCCUGUCAUCGAGGUAUCUCCUCCCCCCUCGCCUCCAUCGCCUUUUUUGCCUCCAAUAAGGCACAAUACCGACCUGUCUAGCGUGGUAUCUCUGGCUCCAACUCUUCCACACCCAGAGGCAAGACCAGCCGAACAAUUGCUCAAUGACAGGAGGCUCUCGAGUCGGAGUGGAUGGAAGGAACGCAUACACGGUUCUAUCACACCCUCACUUCACGAAGCUCUGGAACUGAAAUGUCCGGAUCACAAUACCUCGAGAGAGUACCGACACAGCAUACAGCGAAAACGGCUUUGGCGGCUGACUAUUGGCGAAUGGGUCAAUACCCUGACUCUUUGUGUCGUAUACUUUGGCAUUCUCUACGCCUAUUCGAAAAAGCCAACCAUCAGCGUACCAGAACGCAGGGUUUUUAACGCCCUCACCACAGGUGUCUCCCUUCUCCUCGGAGUAAACUUGGCGGCAUCAUUGCGCAGCUAUGCAAAGCUCCUCCGCUGGCGAAUAUUGGCGGCAUGUUACCGACCCCUUGAGACUUUCGAUCUUGUCCUGGGUUGCGACAGCCUCUUGAAUGUCAUCAAGCUCCUUUGGAAAGGGCGGAACCGGAAACACAGCUACCUGCCGUCCAGGACUCAGAUUCUUUGCGUUUUGUGGCUACUUGUCCACCUGGCGGUCACGGUCCUGGUAGGCAUCAUUGGUCUGAACUACAACUUGGACACCUCAACCGAUUUUGUUCUCACUCGUAAAGGCAGCAUCAGCAUCGUCGACUUGAAUGCGCUUUCGACUGGCGAUUACCCGGCUGACUUGGCCGCUGUCCAAGAAUGGGGGGUUCGUGGAGAGACCACAACCCCACUGGUUGAAGACGAUGAUGUUGUGGAAUACCAGCAGAGCUACUUCUCGUCCUCGGAUGGGUUUUCGUUCUACUACUUUCAAGAUCAGAACGCAGAUGACCCGGCCAACGCCAUAAUUUCUUCACGAUAUAUUGAAUCCCAAGCUUACUGCCAAGACUACCCUGUCACCAAAGGGGUGUAUGGCAACCUGUCAUACAUCGUCUAUAUCGACGGCUCCAAACACGUUAACAAAUCCCUUCCAGCGAGUCCUGGGCCAGGAGGCCUAUUGACCAUCUCUAAACUGAAUUCAACCUGCGGUGAAGGGUGCGUGGAGAUCCACACCUUCCAAGCUGCUGCAUACCCCGGCAGCAGUGGCGAUGACGACUUCUACGAGGACGGAGUCGGGACUUACUUUGUCUGCAAUAAUACAGUGCCUCAAGUGGGGGACGACUACAAUGAAGUCUCUUCCGAUUAUGAAAUAUAUGCCUUUGUUGCGAAGAUGCUCGCAGGUGCAAUUGGAUGGAGUGACAACCCUCCGAGCGCUGAUGGCAAAGAAGAAUACGCGGUAUACACGAAUUUGUCGGACUUGAACCUUCCGGGGACGCUCGGGCCUUAUGACAUGGCCAACAUGAUCUCGUCGUUCACUAUGGGAGCAAUUUCAUUCAUGGACAACUCUCCAGCCAUGUCUAGAAAGAUUGUCACGAGCAAGGAGCAGCCCAUUGCCGCGCAAGUCCUCAAGGUGACAUGGAGAUUCGCGGGUGCGAUUCUUGGAGUCAUCCCUUUCAUCCACUUCUGCACGCUGGUGGCCGUCAUCCUCUGGGCGAACAAGGCGAUCAUUAAGGAUGACAGUCAUCUUGCCAUCGCGAAGGUUUACCACACCCUUCUCAGCCAGUUAGGUGACCGUGGAUGCCUGCUCCGUGGUGGGGAAAUCGUCUCAGUUCUGGGGAACCCACAGGUGGCAUAUGGAUGGCAGGCGAGCAGUGAAUACCACCUGGCAAUGCACGUCGAUGUCUUCCAAGACUUCACCAGGGUGGAGAAGGUGUUCGCCGAAGGAGUGUAUGACGGGAGCAGCAAAGUCCAUCACGGCACCGCGAACCCUGGGCGGACUGGGAGCUUGCGGGAACGAUAUCGCGACAUUGACGCAGCAGAUUAUUUCUGA